UUUUUUACUCUCUCUCUCUUCUCUCUCUCAUCAAAUAUCAGCCCCUCCCUCCCCGCUUCCGAGGGUAGGUGUCUGUGUGUGACACACAGAGCGAACACUCUACUGCCUUCCCCGCCUAAUCCAUUUUGCCCCUUUUGAUUUCUUCGAUGAUUCAUCUUCGUCUCCGGCGACGGCAAUCUCCCCCCAUUAUCCGCCUCCGGCAACCGUACGUCUAGGACUUUCUGUUUAUCCUCUUCCCCCAUCUUCUCUUUGCUUCAAUCCGCGAGUAAGUUUAUUUACUCUUGCUUAUCGUUGUUGUAUCGUAGAGACGUGUAUACAGGUUUUAUAUAUGCAUGUCGAUUGGAUUGCUGUAGAGUUUAUUGAUGGGGCGUAAGAAGAAAAUUGUUGAUCCGCGUUCCAAACAAUCUCCGGCGGCUCGAGGAGUCGCCGUUGAUGUUCCAAGUGUAGCGAACUCCGACCAAAGCUCGGUUCCCGAUAAGUCAAGUAAUCACAACCAAAAUAGGAUCGAGUCGGUGUUUGGUAAUGAAUCGGACGGCUUGUCUUAUUCUACAAUUAAGCUCGAAUGCGAGCGGGCUCUUACGGCGCUUCGGCGUGGGAAUCACACUAAGGCACUCAGGCUUAUGAAGGAGUUGAGCUCGCGAAACGAGAACUCUGUUCACUCUGCAUUGAUUCAUCGGGUUCAGGGCACUAUUUGUGUAAAAGUAGCAUCGAUUAUUGAUGACCUGAAUACAAAGCAGCGGCAUUUGAAGAAUGCGAUUGAGUCUGCUCGUAAAGCAGUCGAGCUCUCACCAAGCUCGAUUGAGUUUUCCCAUUUCUAUGCAAAUUUGUUGUACGAGGUUGCCAAUGAUGCGAAGGAGUACGAGGAGGUGGUGCAAGAGUGUGAACGGGCCCUUGGCAUUGAAAAUCCAAUUGAUCCCGCUAAGGAGAGCUUGCAGGAUGAAAAGAAUCAGAAGAUACCUACUGCAGAAGCACGAAUUGCCCAUGUGCAGACUGAAUUAAGGCAGUUAAUUCAAAAGUCAAAUAUCUACUCCAUAUCAUCUUGGAUGAAGAACUUGGGUAACGGGGAGGAGAAGUUUAGGUUGAUUCCGAUUAGAAGAGUGACAGAAGACCCCAUGGAGGUCAGGUUGGUUCAGGCUAGAAGGGCAAACGAAAUUAAGAAGGCAACUAAAACGCCUGAGGAGCGGAGGAAGGAGAUUGAAGUCCGUGUUGCUGCUGCAAGGCUUUUGCAACAGAAGUCUGAUACACCUCAAAUGCAAAAUGAAGGAGGCAAAGCUGAUCGGACCCUGGAUUCAUCGUCAGGGUCUGGUACAAGAGUCGGUGAACGGCGGAAACAUGGAAAUUUACGGAAACAUGGAUCUUCAGCUGAAAGGAGGGAUUGGGUUCAUUCUUUUUGGAAUUCCAUGAGUAUGGAAUCGAAGAAAGAUUUCCUUAAGAUCAAGAUAAGUGAUCUUAACACUCAUAUUAGUUCUUCAAAGGAUGCUUCAGCGAAUGAAGUUAUUUCAGAAGCUUUAUCCUUUUGUGAUGCCAAUAAAACAUGGAAAUUUUGGGUUUGCUGCAGAUGUGAUGAGAAAUUUGUGGAUUCGGAAUCUCAUAUGCACCAUGUGGUUCAGGAGCACAUGGGUAACCUUUUGCCGAAAAUGCAGUCUAUCUUGCCACAGAAUGUUGACAAUGAGUGGGCUGAAAUGCUUCUUAAUUGCUCUUGGAAAGCACUGGAUGUUUCAGCUGCAGCUAAAAUGCUCACAGAUCAAACAAAAUGCAAGGAUUCUGAGUUGGUUGAAGAUAUCUGCUUGCAGCAUCAUUCUGACAGUGAUGACUGUUUCAAAGAUGCAUGGGAUUCUUCCCCAGAGAAACACAAUUAUGGGAAUGGUUUAAACGAGUGCAAUGUUUACGAGAAAGUUGGCAACAAUGGAUUUAAGGCCUGUCAUGAAAACCAAGGUUCUGUGACAUCAUACUCCUUAUCUGAUAGCUUUCCAGUAUCUGAUGAUUCAGAGCGAACAAAGCUUCUUGAGAAAAUUCAUGCGAUAUUUGAGUUACUUAUUAGACAUAAAUAUCUUGCUGCAAGCCAUCUAAACAAGGUUAUACAGUUUACAAUGGAUGAGUUACAAGGUCUUUCUGGAUAUCAUCUUCUGAACCAGGGACUGGACCAAACACCACUAUGCAUCUGCUUUCUUGGUGCUUCUCAGCUUAGGAAAAUCUUCAAGUUCUUGCAAGAACUAUCUCAUUCUUGUGGUUUUGGUAGAUACGUUGAUAAAAGUACCGGUCAAAUUGAAGAUUCAAAGAACGAUAAACAAUCUGUUGAGGUCAAAGAGAAGAUUGUUCUCAAUGAAGAUGCGUCACUGCUCCUCCUCAAUGAGUGUUUUCUGUCAUCUGAUUUCACUCAUGCCAAUGGUCAGGCUGCAGCCACAGAUCAUAUUCCAGUUCCAACUGCUAAGGAUGUUACUGCAAAUGGGGUUUUUUCUGAUGCUGAUCCUUUUCUAUCAUGGAUAUAUGCAGGUCUUUCUAGUGGGGAACAGUUAUCAUCAUGGGCACAAACAAAGGAAGAAAAGAUACAGCAAGGAAUGGAAAUUCUUCAAAUGCUUGAAAAGGAAUUUCUGCAUCUACAGAGCCUUUGUGAGAGAAAAUGUGAGCAUUUGAGCUAUGAGGAAGCAUUGCAGUUAUUAGAGGAUCUUUGCCUUGAAGAGGGCAAGAAGAGGGAAGCUGUGACUGAAUUUAUCCCCAAGAGUUAUGAGUCAGUCCUGAGGAAACGAAGAGAAGAGCUUAUUGAUGUUGAAAAUGACGUUAUGUUUCUCAGUAGGUUUGAGUUAGAUGCUAUAACUAAUGUUUUGAAAGAAGCAGAAGCUUUGAAUGUUAAUCAAUAUGGAUAUGGGGAAACUUUUUCCAGCAUGCCUUCUCAGUUAUGUGAUCUGGAAUCUGGUGAAGAUGAAGAUUGGAGGACUAAGGAUUAUUUGCAUCAAGUUGAUACUUGUAUCGAAGUUGCCAUCCAGAGACAGAAAGAACAGUUAUCUAUCGAGAUUAGCAAAAUUGAUGCACGCAUCAUGCGAAAUGUUACUGGAAUGCAACAGUUGGAACUUAAGCUGGAACCUGUUUCUGCACAUGAUUAUCAAUCAAUAUUGUUGCCUCUUGUGAACUCAUACUUGAGGGCACAUUUAGAAGAUUUAGCUGAAAAAGAUGCCACGAAGAAGUCUGAUGCUGCAAGAGAAGCAUUUUUAGCUGAACUAGCACUGGAUUCAAAAAAGGGUAUGAGAGGAGGAAGUGAUAAUCUGAGACAUGCACAUGAAAAGCCGAAGGAAAAGAAAAGGAACAAGGAGUUUAGGAAAGCCAAGGACUCUAAGGUAGUCAGUGGUCCUGAGCAGGAUGCGCUUCAUGAUGAAGAUGUAGAUGGAGAUCCCUUUCAAGUUGCAUCUGAUGGUGAUGCAGCAGAGGUGGAUAUUGCUGUUUUUGAGAAUGGUAAUGCUUUAAGACUACAGGAGGAAGAGUUUAGACGCAAAAUUGAGCUGGAAGCCGAUGAAAGAAAGCUAGAAGAGACUUUGGAGUAUCAAAGGCGAAUUGAGAAUGAGGCCAAACAAAAGCAUCUGGCUGAACUACAAAAGAAAUCUGCCCAGACAAAUCCAGAGAAGAAAGUUGCUGUGGCAAUACAUGAUAAUCUCUUGGGACUUGUCCCUGAUGUUGAGGGUGCUGAUGAGCAUUUUAAGCUCUCUGUGGUGGAUCAAUUGGCAGAAAAUGAUUUGGUUCCCGACUUGUCUAGGAACGGUCCUGCAAUGUCACAUGCUCCUUCAGGUGAUCAAAAGAUUAGUGGUGUAUCCAAUGUUGGAGUUCUAGAGAAUUGUCUGUCGUCUUCUGAUAGACGGAAGGGAAGGAAAGGUAGACGGCACAAGGUUUCUAUUAAACCAGUAGAUGGAAAUCAGCCUUCACCAUCUGAUAAGGAUAAUGCAGCCUUUGACAGCCGAUUGAAUGAGACAGUUAGAUAUCAUAGCAAUUUCCUAGCAGAUAGUGAGAUAAUAGUAAAAAGACUUUGAGACAACAUCAUGUAGAGGAUGAUGAGGAAAGAUUUCAAGCUGAUCUUAAAAAGGCCGUACGCCAGAGCCUUGAUACGUUUCAAGAACAGCAGAAAUUACCCUUGAUUUCAAGUUCCAGGAUACCAUUGAUUAGUUGUGGUAAAGUAGAUAGUAAUGGCGUUCCAUCGAAUGAACUCAAUGUAGAAAAUGUGCAGGGAGCAGAUAUGUUUGGGACAGGACUUAAGAAUGAAGUUGGUGAAUAUAAUUGCUUUCUGAAUGUGAUUAUUCAGUCCUUAUGGCAUUUAAGACGGUUUCGGGAAGAGUUCCUGAGGAGAUCUAUGACUGAGCAUGUUCAUGUUGGGGAUCCCUGUGUUGUUUGUGCAUUAUAUGAAAUCUUUGCUGCCUUGAGCAUGGCAUCUGCAGAUGUUAGAAGAGAAGCAGUUGCCCCCACUUCUUUGAGAAUAGCUCUAAGCAAUCUCUGUCCGGAUAGUAAUUUCUUCCAAGAGGGCCAGAUGAAUGAUGCCUCUGAGGUGCUGGCAGUCAUAUUUGAUUGCCUACACCAGUCAUUGACUCCUAGUUCGAGCGUUUCUGAUACAGAAUCAGUAGAAAGCAAUUGCAUGGGAUCUUGGGACUGUGCAAGUGACACUUGUUUGGUCCAUUCCAUCUUUGGAAUGGACAUUUUUGAACGAAUGAAUUGCUAUAGUUGUGGCCUGGAAUCUAGACAUUUGAAGUACACUUCGUUCUUCCACAAUAUAAAUGCUAGUGCCCUUCGAACAAUGAAGGUUAUGUGUACUGAAAGUUCCUUCGAUGAACUUCUAAAUGUUGUUGAAAUGAAUCAUCAGCUUGCUUGUGACUUGGAUGUUGGUGGUUGUGGAAAGCUCAAUUACAUUCAUCACUUUCUUUCUGCACCACCACAUGUGUUCACCACAGUCUUGGGCUGGCAGAACACCUGUGAGAGUGCUGACGACAUCACAGCAACAUUAGCUGCUCUAAGUACUGAGAUAGACAUCAGUGUUCUUUAUCGGGGUCUAGAUCCAAAGAAUACCCAUAAUUUGGUAUCGGUGGUUUGCUAUUAUGGUCAACACUAUCAUUGCUUUGCCUACAGUAAUGACAAGAAAUGCUGGAUAAUGUACGAUGAUAGAACUGUUAAGGUAAUUGGUGACUGGGCUGAUGUUCUUACCAUGUGCGAAAGAGGACACUUGCAACCGCAGGUUCUUUUCUUUGAAGCUGUAAAUUAAUGAUAUUUUGGAACUGUCUCAUUAGCCGUACUGGUGGAACGCGGUUUGCAUUUGAUUUCUGCCUUGGCAAGGAGGUGUUUAUAGGGAAGACUUGCCAAUUUACAUCCACGGAAUUCAGCCAAUUUACAUCCACGGAAUUCAGACAGUACAACGUGUAAUAUUGGUUUCAAAAGAAAAAUUUUGAUCGGGUCAUAACAUAAAUCUGAGUUUUCUGAUACAAUCAACGAAUUUUUGGAGAAGAUCUGGUCCUCGAGGAGAAUAGUGUAAGUAUGAUAGAUUUUCUUCUAAAUUGAGGGAGCCAGAUGAUUGGAGAGCCAAAAGUGAGAUAGAGCACCCAAGUUUCUGCCUCUGGAAUUCGUUCUUAGCUUCAAUCCUUUAAUAAGGUUGUUAGAGAAGGUACAGAACAGUAUUGAAUGGGUGUUUUUUUUGUGAUAUCUUACUUAGGAGGUUUUAUAGCUGUAUCAUAAGAGUAAGGAUUUCUGGUUGUUGAGAAGACCAAUAUAGCGAACAAUUGAGACAGAGUCUAGUUAGAGACAAUGCUAGAUGCUAUAAUCUUCCUCGUUUAAUUUUCUGCAGUUUUUAGGUGUUGUAUAGUUCCAAUUGAAGUCACUCGGGCCUCUGCUAUGGUCACUUUAAGUGAAAUUAUUUUGUCUCCAGAUAUGGUGAUCAAAUGAACUAAACUUCUAGUUUCCUUAUUCUGCA